AUGGCAUCAAUGUAUGGAUCAUUGGUCAAGGAGGCCACAGUGCUGCUCGAUCAGUUCAGUGCUGACAAGCUGUGUCUGGACGACUUCAUGGAAAAUGCUUCAAAGACUCUGCAGAACAUGGAUGCUCCAGAUAGGAACUUCCUGCUUGAUGUUGUUUCUGGAUGCAUCGAGCAUAAAAAGUUACUGGACGUAGUUGUAAAUGCCUUCUAUGCCCAGAAUGGGAAAUGCUUGUCCAGAGGUGACCGCAGCACGUUUGUUAUUAUCUGUUACCUCGCAACAUUCACCAUGGAUGACCUUGGGCUCGAGUGUUUCAGCAAAAUUGUGAAAUCUCUGGACACCAAGAAGAUGCACAAAUUCCUGAGUUUUUUCUUUGAUGUCACAAAUCUCACCACAUGGAUCCAAGGGGAAUGGAGUCACAUCUAUGAUGCUGCCUUUGUGGAAAAAAACUGGAUUGCCCCUUUGUUGAGAUGGCGCCCUGAGAUAGAUAUUCUUAUGGACCAGCUUGCAGCCAGGAUGUCCAGUGGGAGUCGGGCCAAGAAAGCUCCAGUCAAAACCACUGAGCCCCAGGAGUUCUGUCUCACCAAACCCAAACCCCGUCCUCUGCCCAUGCCUGAGCCCAUUCCACAGCAGGAGAAGCCCAAACCAGUACCAAAAAGCACCCACAGGGCUCCCAAAGAAAUGCAUACCAUAGAAGAGAUCAAACAGAAGAACCGCCAGAAGGCUCAGGAACUGCUUUAUUUGGCAAACACAAAACAGUUUGAGUGUGCAAAUCCACAGAAGUCUGAACAUACCAAGAAGGUGAUGUCUGAGAUUAAGGAAAGCUUUGAUUCCCAACUCAAGUUCAAUUCAUUUCAAUCCUCUGGAGUGCCAGCCAGUCUCAAGAUGAAUAGCAGCUGGCCCAUCAAGCUCAACAACACAGCCAUCAUGAGACAGGAAGCACUAUAUAACCGUCAAGUGGAGGAGGAGCUGCGAAGAAUGGAGCGUCUAGUAGAAGGGGCACAGGAGCCCUCCUCUUUCCUCCAGUGGCAGAAGCAGAUGCGUGAUCAGGACCUGCAGGAGGAGCUGGCCCAGCUUGAGCUCAGGCGCCUGCAAGGGCUCAUCAGCCACAAGGAGGCUGCUAUGGCCCGCACACACAUAAUGGAGCGCAACCAGAAGGCUGCACAGCUACAGAAAGAAGAGACAGCUCAGCUGAUGCAGAGAUAUGCGAGGAAAAGGCUUCAAGAGGAAAAAGAAAUGAGAGACCUGGUGCAACAAGUGGCAGACGGGCACAAGAACACAAAGGCAGCCAAACAGAGAUUGCAGGAACUCAAGCAAUCUAUUGUGAAAGAAGUCUCGGAGCAAAGUCAAGAGCUCCUGCGCCAAGCACUGGAGGAAGCACAGGCCGAGCUUAGCAGAAAAUUUGAGAUCAUCCGUGAAAUCCACGCUAUCAGAUCUGUCCCGCACAUGAGACACAAAUUUGUGGAUGACACAGAGACAGGGGGACACGACCUGCUGGGAGAAAUGUCCCUGGCUGAGCUGAAGGAGCGGCUGGCCAUCUUGAAGGAGGCAAAACAAAGGGAGCAGGAGGAAAGACGGGAGUGGAUUCUGGAGGAGAAGCAGAGCAAGCAGCAGCUUCUGUUGCAGCAGCUGGACACCAUCGACAUCCACAGAAAAGCACUGGCGCAGGCUGCAGCCAGCAGGAAGGAGGAGAAGAAAGCCAGGCGGGGGUUACAGCAGGCAGUGGCUAAGGAUGAAAGAGUGCUGGCCCUGCAGAAGAGACUGGAGGAAAAACAACAAGAGCACCUCAGACUGAAGCAAAGAGAAAGCAGCAAGGCCAAAACCUCUGAACAGGCAGCAGCACACACUGUCAGAAGCUGGAAACCCUUAGAAGUAUGA